UGGCGGAAGCGGAAUUGAACUACCUUUUGAAUGAUUUGUCUUAUCAAUACUUCCUGUGCCUCUCUCAGUAGUGGAAAAUUUAAGAACGUAUUACCGCGUUUGCGCUUUACCGCCCCGUUGUUUAAUCUGAUCCCGGGAAAUACAUUGAUCGCGUGAUUAAAAUAAAAAUGUCGAACUAAAACACUGCAGUAAAUAUUGAAUGACUGCAGUGAGUUCUGUUUGGUUGGAGUUUAUUUAGAAUACCUACAAUAUUUCGUAUGAUCAUGUUAAAAGUUUAUUAACGCGGGGAAAUGAAAUCAUUACAAAUGAUUUCGAAACAUAGCAAUGAAAUGGACACCGGCUCUAUCGAAACGAACUAUGUUUAUUUAUUUCAUAUUAUUGUUUCUAUUAUAUUUAUUCUAUGCACUGAAUUCUUGUUUAGUUGACGAAAGGAAGUUCGCGCUCAAAUAUCAGUUUUUACGAAGACACAUAUCGCAUUACAAGAGUGCUACUGCUCAUUUCGCCUCUUAUCUAGGAUUUAGUUGGGGUGAGAGCGAAUACAGGAAUUUACAAGAUGUAGCCACGAAGAGGCUGCCGGACGCAUUGGUCAUAGGCGUUAAGAAGUGCGGAACUAGGGCCCUCUUAGAAUUUCUAAGACUUCAUCCUGAUGUUAGGGCUGCAGGAUCAGAAGUUCACUUUUUCGAUAAAUAUUACCACAAGGGUUUCGAAUGGUACAGGGACAAAAUGCCCCCGACCCUUGCCGGUCAGAUCACGAUGGAGAAGACGCCAUCUUACUGGGUGACGAGGUCAGCGCCCCGCCGCGUGUUCGCCAUGAACCCGGCGGUCAAACUGCUGGCCGUGGUCAGAGACCCGGUCACAAGGGCGAUCAGUGACUACACGCAAUCAGCUAGCAAAAGACCCAGCCUACCAAGAUUCGAAGAUUUAGCGCUCGUGAACAGCACAGUCGGUUGGGACGGAGUUCCGUGGUCGGUAGUCAACGCAUCAUGGCCGCCGGUCAGGCUCGGAGUGUACUGCAGACCUUUGAGGCGAUGGCUGAGAAGAUUCCCAAGAUCCAGGCUUCUACUGAUCAAUGGCGAGAGGCUGAUCACUGAUCCAGCGGCGGAAAUGAAGAGGGUUCAGGAUUUCCUAGGCCUAAAGAGGGUGAUCACCGAGAAGAAUUUCUAUUUUAACUCGACGAAAGGAUUCCCUUGCCUCCUCAAAUCCGAGGUACAUUCCACUCCGCACUGCCUCGGGAAGACCAAAGGCAGGAAUCACCCACAUAUCGACCCCGUCGCCAUUGAGAGACUAAGGGAUUUCUACAGGCCAUUCAAUGAACGGUUUUAUCAAUUGUCCGGUAUCAAUUUUGGCUGGCCUUAGUCUGUAUUUUAAGUUCUAAGUUUUGUCUGAGAGUCAACAAGGUCCAUAAAUAUCGGAAUAGGUAUAGGACUAUGAUUUUUAUUGGUAUACUAUUUGUGAGUACCUAGCCUAUUUUGUCUUAAGCGUGCAAACUCUUUAUGGCACAAAAGAAACAUGACACAAUACAGUUCCUUGAAUUAAAAAAUAUGUAGGUACUUCUGCAUAGGAAGACCACUUUUUUCAUAGCUAUAUUUUUUUCUGAAUGUCCCAGCUUCCUGAGUGAAGAAUUGCGAAUAUAACAAGAGACUUUUAGUCUUUAACUUAUAAAAGGAUUAAAAAGGAAAACGUGGUGGACAUAUUAACAAAAUAUCGUGAAAAAAUGGUGACACCUUAUUUUUUGUGUAAAACUAGGUAACAUUGGUAAUCAAUGCAUAUCGACGUAAGUUUGUAGGGAUUUAAGGCGGACGAAGUCGCGGGAACAAGCUAGAUUAGUGAUAAAGGUAACUAUAAUAAGUUACUAAUUUAACGUAGGCGCUUUCCAGUUCCUAGGCGAUUGAGCAUUCCUCAUAAGUGUUCCAUUUAUAUCAUUUUUAAGAUUUUUCGACUACCUACAUAAUUUAUACGAUUAUGGACUUAUUCAUUUAAGUAAUAGAGUACAAUUGCUAGGUUCAUAAUUUUGGUAGCUUUUAACGUAUAUACAGUCCGUAUCAGAAGGAUAAUUUAGUAAAUAGCUGCGUUUUGGUCUGCUGUUGAAAAUGUAGCCAAUGUUUGAACAAUGUAAUUUAAU